UUUGGAUAAAUGGGUGUGGUCUUAUGUUGCAUAGUUUGGUUGGGGCUGGUAUUUUGCAAGAAUGGCAUCUAAAAACUAUCAACCAGUCGAGAGAAGGAGUCACUCCACAGUAAAGGUAGGAGACUACCUAUAUAUGUGGGGUGGGCUCGGAUCUGGAGUAGACUAUGAUGUGAUGGAGGUGUAUCACUUACCAACUGGAGCUUGGGACCAGAAACCUACUACUGGUACCCCACCACCAGGUACCUGGGGCUAUUCAUCUGGUGCUAUUGGGAAGGACAUCUAUUAUUUUGGUGGACGUGGUGGUGAUUAUCAAAACAGCUUACAUUGUUUCAAUGUGGAUUCAUUCAAGUGGAAGGAACUCUCUCCUUCUAGUUCUGAUCGCGAUCCAAUGAAGAAGGACUACUGUGGAAUGAUAUCAGCUCAUUUUGACAGUGAACACUAUCUCGUAAUAAUCGGAGGGCUGGGAUCAUCUUCUACACCUAAGCAACCUGAUGCUCAGUAUUCAGCUGGUGGUAGAUGUAAUGAGAUACAUUAUUACAGGAUUUCAUCAGGUCAGUAAUUCUCAUCAUUGAUACACAAUAGUUGAUGA